AGCGGCCUUCCUCCUGAUCUACCAGCUGCAGCUCUGCACAAGCUUUAUUCGGCCGGUCUGCCAUGCAAGCCGUUGGUGCCUCGCUCCCUUCCAUCGCCGUUGGCUGAGAUUGGAAGAGGCUCGACAACAGAUCCCGCAGCUGGAGUCGACAAUGGCAAGCGGCUCUCAUGCGGAUGAGGCACCGAUUGCGUCGCCCGUUGAACCCCAAUACAGCCCGACCAAGGAGGCGCCCACCGGCUCGACCGCCGUCAGUGCUUCUGCUGGUGUGUUGGGCCUGACAGACGAGCAGCAGGAUGCUCUCCGCGGCUGGGUGGACGGCAGGCAGCUGCGGCUGCUCUACAGGUGUGUGGGUACAAACCCGUGGUAUAUAUACAUGAUGAAUGAGCGUGUGGUCGUUCUGUCGAUCCUGUCUGUCAUUGCAAUCAGGGCGAGUUGCGAUGGCUCCCGCUAUGAAGAUCUGCUCCGCUGUGUGCGCGACGCAGGGCCGCUGGUGUUUGUCAUCCGCAAGGACGAUUACGUGUUCGGGGGCUACAUGGGUGACGGCCUCAAGCUCCCUGAGGAUCCACGAGGAUUCGACUCAUACAGCUCUGAUCUGUGGCAUUUCUCGCUGGCCGGGCACUUCGAUGGGCCGACCAAGAUCAAGCUGCUCCACACGUGGGAGAAGCGUGUGACGGUGGCCGGGCCGGAGGGCAACCCGCCUCUGAAGUGCGGCGGAAACGUACGCCUCUGCAUUGCUCGGCUGUUUCUCGGCACUCUAAGUCUGGCCGGUGGCGCUAAUGGCUCUCCUGGUGAUGAUGUGCUCAGCUGCCGCCACUGGGUGGACAACCGUGAUGUGCCUGCGGGGUAUCGCGGGUCGAGAGCUGAGCAUGGCGGCGCUGAUAACGAUGGAGCGGCGUAUUUCGGAGGCAAAUGGCGCUUUCAGGCCGACGACGUGCAUGUGCUGAGCCUCUCGCAAUAGCCGGCGGCUCCGGCAGGGCCGUUGUACAAGUGCCGUGAGCAUGGCGCUGUGUGUCUUGAGCAUGGCAUACAGUGUCUGUAUGCUCCGUGUGCUUCGCGCGUUCCAUCUGUGCGUCUCUGUUCGUCGCGGUGUGUGUUUCGACUGGCUGUCUUCUGCGUGUUUGGACUGACCAUUUUUUGCUUGCUUCUUCGCUAUUGCCUUCCGUUUCGGUGUGUGUCUUUCGCUUCCGUUUGCAGCCGCUUUGUUGUGAUCAUUGAUCUGUGAGGACUAGACGAACUUUGUCGCCCGUUAAUGCAUGUACGUUUCACUAAAA